AUGAACAAAACUUACUAUGGGCCUAUGUGGGAGGCCACUUGGCUGCCAAUCACAGAGAGUAAUGGAACUGAAUAUGCUGAAAAAUACAGACAAGCAGAAACACAAGAGCUAGAUGUAGUUGGAAAUGAUCAGCUUGUCUAUAAACCAGAUACUUCAUUGUUUCAGUGUGAAUCCGAUGAUUUGACUUCUAUACCAAUAACUAACCAUAAACGUGUGGAUAUGCCUAUAGCCAAACACAGGGAAGAGAUAGUGUCUGUGAUAGAAAACAAUUCAGUUGUGAUUGUACAAGGAGCAACUGGCAGUGGUAAGAGUACACAGAUUCCACAAUAUAUUUUGGAUUAUUGCAUUCAACAAUCUGUCUACUGCAACAUUGCUGUUACCCAGCCUCGGAAAAUUGGUGCCAGCAGCAUUGCCAAGUGGAUUAGCAAGGAACGAUCAUGGACACUAGGUGGAUUUGUGGGAUACCAGGUAAGCUUAGAAAACAUUUCCACAAAGGAGACAAGAUUGCUGUACAUGACAACUGGAGUUCUUCUUCAGAAAAUAGUUUGUGCCAAAAGCCUGGAUGAAUUCACACAUAUUUUCAUUGAUGAAGUGCAUGAGCGCACGGAAGAAAUGGAUUUCUUGCUCUUGGUGAUCCGUAAACUGUUGCGUACAAAUUCACAAUCUGUAAAGGUAAUACUGAUGUCUGCUUCCAUCAACUGUAAAGAAUUUGCUGAUUACUUUGCACUUCCAGUUCAUAACGGUCUGAAUCCAGCCUGUGUACUUAAGGUGGAAGGCAAACCUUAUGCCAUCAAAGAAUAUUAUCUUGAUGAUUUGAAGCACACUGUUCAUUUCAAGCUUCCUUCUCAAAGAAUUGAGGAACCAGUGAUAGUGAGGGAAAUGUAUGAAGUAGCAGUGUCUUUGAUUCAGUCAUUUGAUGAGUUGGAGAUGAAGAGCAAUAGUGCUACAUCAGAACGUGGGAGUGUGCUAGUAUUUUUACCAGGUUUGAGUGAAAUAAGCUACAUGCACUCCUGUCUCUCAAAUAUGUUUAACAAAAGGUGGCAAGUGUACCCACUUCACUCAUGUGUGACGUUAGAGGAACAAAGUAAUGUGUUUUUGACUACAGUUCCUGGCUACAGAAAAGUUAUUCUGUCUACAAACAUAGCUGAGAGCUCUGUAACAGUUCCUGAUGUGAAGUAUGUGAUAGAUUUCUGCUUAACUAGAAUUUUGGUUUGUGAUGAGGAAACUAAUUACCAAAGUUUGAGACUUUGCUGGGCAUCUAAAACAAACUGUAAUCAAAGAAAAGGUCGUGCUGGACGUGUUUCCAAAGGGUAUUGUUAUAGGCUUAUACACAAGGACUUCUGGACAGACUUUAUUCCAGAGAAGUCAGUACCUGAAAUACUGCGUUGUCCAUUGGGAACUACAGUCUUAAAAAUAAAAAAGCUUGAUAUGGGGGCACCAAAAGACUUGCUGGCAACAGCUCUUUCUCCGCCCAGUGUAGGUGACAUUGAACGUACCAUACUUCAGCUGAAAGAGCUGGGAGCACUUACAACUUGUGUGCAAACAGAAGAAAAUCUACAUGACGGUGAGCUGACUUUCUUAGGAAAGGUAUUGGCACAGUUGCCAGUGGAUCUGCAUCUUGGAAAAUUGAUAGUCCUUGGACAUGUCUUCGGGUGCUUAGAGGAAUGCCUUAUUAUAGCUGCAGCACUCUCUCUGCGGAAUUUUUUUGCAGUACCUUUCAAACAGCAUGUCGAUGGAUACAGGAACAAACUGUUUUUUGCUAGGAAUAGUAAGAGUGACUGUAUUGCAAUUGUGAAUGCAUUUAAGGCGUGGCAGGCCUGCAAAGAAAAAGGAGAGCUGAGACAUCCCAAGGAAGAGCUUGAGUGGGGUCGAUCAAAUGGUAUUCAUAUCAAGAAGGUCAAAGAGGUGGCAGAGUUAUUUCACAACUUGAAACAGAGAGUCAAAGCAUUUAACAUGUGUGUUAAUGCUCAACCAUCUGCUGUGGAUGAGGAAUGGGUAUACAAACAACGCUUCAUUUUGCGGGUUGUAAUAGCUGGUGCUUUCUAUCCAAACUACUUUACUUUUGGAAAAUGUGAUGAAGAAAUUGCUGUUAAAGACCUUGCUGGGAAAGAUCCAAAAACCACUGUAAUG